UGUUCUUUAGGAAUAUUAGUUGAGUGAAUAAACAAAUUCAUGAAUUUUUCAAAAUACAUUGUUGCUAUUAGUGAAAAUUUCUUUUUAUACUAGAAUUUAAAAACAACUCGAAACUGUUUCUCUCAAUGUUUAUUUCUGGUACAUCUCUUUUGUCAUUUCUUUGUUUUUGGUUUUGUAGGCAACAAUAGACAAAGUCAAUGUAUGAAGCAAAUUACUCUGAAGUGUCUGAAUUUGUGUUCCUGGGACUUUUUACCUCUAGACCAAUGCAACAUUUCCUCCUUGCCUUCUCCACAGUGUUUUAUGUAACAAUUGUGCUGGGCAACCUCCUGGUUGUGUUUACAGUGACUUUUGACUCUCAUUUGCAUUCUCCUAUGUACUUCCUAUUAGCCAACCUGUCAUUUAUUGAUUUGUGUCUUUCUACCUUAACAGUUCCUAAGAUGAUCUCUGACCUGUACUCUGGGCAAAACACUAUAUCAUUCCAGGGGUGUGUGAUCCAGAUUUUUGUACUUCAUGUCCUGGGUGGAUCUGAGAUGGUGCUGCUCAUAGCCAUGGCCUUGGACCGAUAUGUGGCCAUAUGUAAGCCCCUCCACUACCUGACCAUCAUGAGUCCAUGGAUGUGCAUUUGGCUUCUGGUUAGUGCUUGGGUUAUUGGUCUCAUUCACUCAGUGGCCCAGCUAGCUUUUGUUAUCCAUUUGCACUUUUGUGGCCCUAAUGAAGUAGACAGCUUUUACUGUGAUCUACCUCGGUUUAUCAAACUUGCCUGCACGGACACCUACAGACUGGAGUUCAUGCUUACUGCCAAUAGUGGGUUUAUUUCCAUGGGAACCGUGUUCUUAUUGACUUCCUCCUACGUCUUCAUCCUGGUCACUGUAUGGAAACACUCUUCGGGUGUCUUGUCCAAGACUUUUUCUACUUUGUCAGCUCACAUCACUGUGGUGGUUUUGUUUUUUGGACCGUGCAUUUUUGCCUAUGUCUGGCCAUUUCCCACAGUGCCAGUGGAUAAGUUUCUUGCUAUUUUGGACUUCAUGAUUACACCCAUACUGAAUCCUGCCAUCUACACAUUGAGGAACAAGGACAUGAAGAUGGCAAUGAGAAGACUGAAUAGUCAACUCCUGAGUUUAAGGAAGAUCUCCUAAUUAAUUCAUUAGUGCACAAGUGGUAAUUUCUGUAAACAGUGCUAUUAACACAAAGUUAAAAAUGUUAUGAUAAGUUGGGACAAUUUAUUGCCCUAAAUUCAGCAGCUCUAAAACCAUCCAUA